AUGGCGGCGCACUACUGCGGGCUCUGCCGCCGCACCUCCUUCACCGGCCGCCGGCACCUCUACAGCGCGGGGCAUCGGCGGCGGCUGCAGGAGGCCCUAGCCCGGCUGCAAGAGGAGGUGGCGGCGGCGCGGGCGGCGGCAGCCGCGGCCGAAGAUGGCGACGACGGUGCGGCUGUGGAGCGCUACGACCCGGCCGAGCACGACCGGCGCGUCUGGUGCUUGUGCUGCGAUCGCGGUGUGCAGCGGGACGGGCGGCGGGACGGGCUGGCGCUGCUGCAGGCGGGGUUCCUCCAGCAUCUCGCCGGGUCCGAGCACCGCCGGGAGACGGCUCGGUUCUGGCGGGAGAACCGGGCGGAGGCGGCGCUGCGAGAGCGGUUCCUGGUGCCGGCCGAGGAGUACGAGCGCUUCCAGCGCGCUCUGGAACGGGUGGUGGCCGCGCACCAGCGGCAGGAGGAGGAGCACAUCCAGCAGAUAGCGGCCGGCAUCCGGGAAGCCGAGCGCCGGCAGCAGGAGACAGUACGAGCCGCCCUCCAGCUUCAAACAGAGCCAGAGCUUUGCGCAGGACUUUCCGUCUGCAGCCCCCCAGCGGGACCUGAGAGGAACUCCUCUCAUGACACACAGCAGCCUGGCCCCCAUGGGAUGCAGACAGGACCUGACCUAAACUGGAUGGAACCAAACCAGGCUUUGACUUUCACUGGCCACCAGGAGACAGAAGGGAAAGGAAACGUUCACACAGGAGCAAAACCUCCAUGGCUAACUGAGGAAGAGGAUGGCAGUCAACAGCAGAUUGGACCUUCGUAUGAGGAGUUUCUCAAACAAAAGGAGAAGCAGAGGCUGAGAAAGCUCCCAGCAGAGCGUGUGGGUGCCAGCUUUGACCAUACCUCUCAGACAGGUGACAGCUGGCUCCCCUCCUUUGGACGGGUUUGGAAUCAUGGCAGAAGAUGGCAGUCCAGACAUCAGUUUAGAACUGAAUCAGGAGAAAAGAAGAGGAAAAGGUGAGCAGAAGUAGAGCACUGAAGAAAACAAGCUCUGGCUUGUGUGGAACGUGGACUGGAGGUAGC